CCGCCCCGCUCCUCCGGCCGCUCCCGGUCGCACCCGCUCAACCCCACGCCGCACGGUCCGCGCGCGCCAUGGAGCGCGUGGUCAGCGGCGGCUUGGACUUGGAGUCCAUCACGGAUGCAGAGUUCUCCAAGUUGGUGGGGCAACAGGUGACGAUCUUUCAGGCAAUGCUGAAGCGGCACCAGGACCUUGUGUCUGCACUGCGCAUGGAGAUUGAGGUGCUGAAGCACGAGCUCGGUGAUCGGGAGGCGAGCCGCUUGCCGUCCCCGGAGAGGUCACCGAUGUCUCCCCUGAAGUGCCUGGGCAGCGGCCUCCUCGAGCCGCAAAUACCCGUCACCAGUGCCUCCUUUGCCAGCGGAACCAUGCCACUCAUGGGAGUGGUGCCCUCUGGGCAGGACAGCCUUGCGCCACGGAAUGAUAGCAUCACCCAGUCGCAGGAUCUUCCCAUCGUGGUCAAGCCACGCGUGUCCUUGAAGGUGCAGCCCUUUUGUGACGAAGAGUCGGAGGAGGCACUCUGGGCGGUCAAGAAACAUGGCAGAGAUAGCAGGUCUCCCAGCGAGCGAGACUUGACCUCCCCGCAGCUGCAGGUCGGUUGGAGGUCGGCCUCAAACGAUGCCUGCGGGAUGAAAGCCAGGAAGUCCGGCAGGUCCAGCAUCAUCUCGGACCCCAUGCGUCCAACUCGCUCCGUGCACGCCGCCGCCGCGGCGAGGGCGAAGACGGCGGAGGCGCAGCGGAACGGCAGUCGUGCCAAUACCGCAGGCUUGCCAGGUGUGGGUCCCCGCGCGGUCUCCGAGCCGCAAGGGGUCGGUGCCACGCAUUCGACGCACGUCCUCGCCGCCGCGGAGAUUCGGGUGGAGGCCUGGGACAUUUGGCCAGAGCUGUUCUUUGAAGCAGUUGUGGAGGAGCGACGCGCCUCCAUACACAGCUAUUCCGCGCAGAAGACCAGGCUCUCCUUGAACCACGGGACGAACAUGUUGAAGAGCAAUCUAACGGCAGUGCAAUGCCUUCAGGCGAUGGUCCUUCCACCGGAUGGGAAGCGCCGGCUGUUUUGGUUGGUCUUCUCAUUGCUUCUGAUUGCCUAUGACAUGGUCAUGGUCCCACUUUCUGUCUAUGAGUUGGAUACGUCCAGCUUUGAGACCGGCAUGACCGUCUUUAGUGUGACCUUCUGGACCAUCGACUUCAUCGUGGCCUUCUUCGUGGGCUACUAUGAAUCUGGGACCUUGGAGCUUCGCCCACAAAAGACGGCGCUUAACUAUGUGAAAACCUGGAUGAUGGCGGACCUGAUUCUGCUUUCCUUCGAAUGGACGGACCUCAUCAUCGCGGAGAUGCCCUCGCUGCCGUCGCUGAUCCGCGCCUCGCGCUCCCUGCGGAUCCUCCGCUUUCUGAGGUCGGCGAAGUUGCUCCGCGCCGCGAAGCUGCCAAGCUUCAUUAAACACCUCCCCUUCGUCAGCCGUUCAGAGUAUAUCACCCUGAGCUUUGGCAUCUUGAAACAGCUGUUGGGAAUUCUUUUCAUCAACCACACCAUUGCAGCGGUGUGGUACUUGCUUGGGCAGGGCGCCGGCAGCAAUGGAUGGCUUGCAGCCAAUGACAUACCCGUGGACGACUGGUGGUAUACAUUUCUCAUCUCCUUGCACUGGAGCUUGACGCAAUUUACUCCGGCGAGCAUGUCAGUACAGCCCACGAACCUCCAGGAGCGUGCCUUUAAUGUGACCGUUGUGAUCUUUGCUUUGGUCACUUUCUCCUCUUUCGUGUCGAGCAUCACGAACUUGAUGACGCACUUGCGGAACUUGGAAUCUGCCGAGGCGAUCCUCUUUUCCAAGCUUGAAGACUUCAUGCAGAGCCGGAAGUUCUCCUUCUACCUCACGGUGCGUGUGCGGCGGUACCUGGAGCAGCGGAAUGCGGAGAAGCGUUCGCGGCCCGAGGAGGGUGACAUCGAGCUGCUCAACCGACUGUCCGAGCCCUUAAUGACGGAGGUGCACUUUGAGAUGCACAGUCCGGUUCUCACGAAGCAUCCCAUGUUCUUCGCCUACUCCCGUUUGAACGAACCAGCGGUCAUGAAGCUCUGCCACACCGCUGUGAAGACCAUCUCGCUCUCCUCCGAAGAUUACCUCUUCGCCAAAGGGGAGACGGCGAAGUCCAUGUUCUUUUUGACUUCCGGCAAGCUCACCUACACCAUGGAGAAUGGAGACCCAAUACCUGUGCAGCAUCCGGCCUACUUCAGCGAAAUGGUCCUUUGGACACCUUGGAGCCACAACGGCACGAUGAGAGCUCGCAGCGACUGCAAAAUCCUGCUGUUGGACUUUGAGAAGUUUCAUGAAGUUGUGGCACAUGCCAAGAACUGUCAGCUGGAGGUGUGCAAGUAUGCGGAGAGGGCCAUACACAUUCUCAACAAGUACUUCAACAAGGACACACGAAGCGACUUGAACUCCGGCAAGUACAACGAGCGGAGGAUGACCAAGCGAGUCUUCCCGGAGGGAUGCCUAGAGGUACGUCCCAUGUGGUUUAUGCCUAUGCCUCCCAGGAGCAUCAAUCGCCACAAUUCCACAGGUGGCCUGUUGAAUGGCAUUCGACGCAUGGCCUCUGCUCAGCAGGUGGAGAUGCCCAGCGAUAGCGAUGCAGAGUCUACCGAGAGUGAGAUGGAAGGGUUCGGCCGGCCACGGCGCAUCAUGGAGGACAAAGAGAGCUUCGCCUCCGACACGCCACCGCCAGAGAUGGAGGAGGAGGAGGUACAGCCGCCGGAGAGGCCUCCUCCUGAGGUCCUGGGUUGAGGCGGGGUAGGAUUCGCGUACGGUACCGGGGCGCAGAGUGGCGCAGAUACAGCGAGGGCCCACCACCACGAAGGAACAUAAUUCAAUGGUUUUGUGGCAACAGAACUGGGCCGCUUCCCUGCACAUGGCAAUGUGCUUUUUGGGAAGGCAUGGCUGGUCCGCUAAUGCGUUGCAUGCUGCCAUGCCGUUGCACGCGUUGACAAAAAUUCAGGAGUGGCCCCGCUCAUGGCGCACAUGUCGCAGCACUUACAGGGAUGGACAGGCUUUGUGGGACCAGCACCAGUUCUUCGGAUUUGACCUUUGGGAUCCUUUGGAGUUCGGACGUGUCGAUUUUUUGGGACCUCG